AUGUGCUACUACGGCAGCUACUACGGAGGCCUGGGCUAUGGCUAUGGUGGCCUAGGCUGUGGCUAUGGCUGUGGCUAUGGCUGUGGCUAUGGCUGUGGCUAUGGUGGCUAUGGCUGUGGCUAUGGUGGCUAUGGUUAUGGAUGUUGCCGCCCACUGUGCUGUAGAAGGUACUGGUCCUGUGGCUUCUACUGA